AGUCAAGUCAAACAUGUCCCUCCCGACUAGGCACCCAAACACCCACCAUUCCAAUUUCCAACCCUUCAAUGGCAGAAGACCUCCCAGAAGUGCUUGUUCUGGGUCCUCCAACAUGCUUCCCAACACUUGAACCACUCUACUCUCACAAAUUCCACUUCCUAAACCACCAUGCCUCAGGCCUCCCUCUACACCAAUUCUUGGUUGCCCAUUCUUCAAUUCGUGCCAUACUCUGCAGCACCACCAUCCCCCUCACCGCCGAUCUGCUCCGCCUCGUUCCGUCGCUCCGCCUCAUCGUCACCUCCAGCAGCGGAACUAAUCAUAUCGACCUCAAUGAGUGCCGCCGCCGGGGAAUUCUGGUCGCCGACAAUGGUGGUGCGGCCUCGGAGGAUGUGGCUGACAUGGCGGUGGCACUGCUGAUUUCCGUCAUGAGGAAAUUAUCGGCGGCGGAUCGAUACGUAAGGACACGAAAUUCCUCUGACCCUUGGGAUUUUCCUCUUGGCUGCAAGUUAUCAGGCAAGCGAGUUGGGAUUAUUGGAUUGGGAAACAUUGGCAUGGAAGUGGCCAAGCGGCUUGAGUGUUUUGGUUGCAUUAUCUUGUACCACUCUAGGCAUAAAAAAACACAUGUUUCAUACCCUUUCUAUUCCAGUGUUGUUGAGCUUGCAACUACUAGUGAUGCGCUUGUGGUGUGUUGUGCAUUGAAUCAGCAAACACAUCACAUAAUCAACAGGGAAGUGAUUCUGGCAUUAGGAAAAGGAGGGUUCAUUGUCAAUGUUGGAAGAGGGGGGCUUAUUGAUGAGAAGCAAUUGGUGAAGUGUUUAAUGGAAGGAGAAAUUGGAGGUGCUGGUUUGGAUGUGUUUGAGAACGAGCCUCAUGUUCCUCAAGAGCUCCUUGCAAUGAAUAAUGUAGUGUUAUCUCCACAUUGUGGUAGUCUUACUGUAGAAAACAGGAUUAGUCUGUCUGAACUUUUGGCAGGGAAUUUAGAAGCCUUCUUCUCAAAUAAGCCCCUAAUUACUCCAGUGAAGUUGGUUGAAUAACUGGGUCUCUUGAGAAUUGCAGUUCGCAACUGCAAUUGCAGCCGUAGGGUGUUGAAGUCUUUGCACUGGUAUCACAACUGCAACUGCGUCCCCAACAAGCCCGCAUUUAUCUGCAAUUCCACUACCCAACCACAAUUUAAAACCUCGUGAAAGAUUAUGAAUAACUUCUCCAACUGUAGUUUAUGAAUCUAAAGGUUCUAAUUCAUUUGCCAAUUUUACAGAUGUAUUUUUAAUAAAAUGGUAACUAUUGUUAUAGUUGACAUUUAACGCAGUUGUUGUUACCAAAUUGGAAACAGCCCAAAUCCUUCUCUUUAUGGUUUCAUUAGUAUCAUGUGAUGCAAUUUUAUCUUGAUCAUUGCACCUUAAGACAUUGAAUGUAUGAGUCAUUUCACUUAUAAACUACUUAACAAUGUUAUUUUCUUUUAA